UGGUUGACAAUGGGUGCAGGACGUUCAGUACACCAUCAGAAAUGUGAGAUGAUAACACCGUGAAAAGAACGACGUACCGCGUAAGUCCAUUAAGUUGACACCAGGUUUUGGUAGGGAACAAACAUAAUGAGCGCUUAGCGCUUAUAAUUAGGGAUCGUGCAAGGGAAGUUCGUGGGGAUGUUUUUUCUUCAAUGAUGCGACUUAGAUCUAAACGUCAAUUUGACUGACUCGAGCUCGUCACGAAGGAAGAAAUGAAGCCCAAAGCCGGAUUUCUGUCUCUUGCUGAAGAAUUGCAGUUCUACAUCCUGAUCUCGCUGCCAUACCGAGAUAUCCUUCGUUGUUCAUCCGUAUGUAAGGCUCUUCGCCAGACGUACCUGUCGUACUCCGAACUUCAGUACAUCGUUGAACUCGGCGGUCAACAACUGCUCCGUGUCCCUGACAUAAAUCCCGACAACCGCAUUUCUAUCUCUCGGCGCCUACAACUCCUGAGGAACAGAGCUCACGCAUGGUUCAGGCUUGAUGUCAACACUUGCACAACAAUCUUUUUACCAGACCAAUUUCGUAACAGUGGAACACCAUCAAUACGGGUUGCCAACAGGCAUCUCUGCCUCUGGGACAACAGUGAAAAAUCGGCCACGAUCUUGCCAAUACUACCAGAUGCCUCGCAACAGACAAUCGAGCGUGAUUGCUAUCCAAGGUCGUUGUAUUCAGGUCCCUACGCACACACCUUCGAAGUGUUCAUGGACCCAGCGCAAAACCUGAUCGCUGUCGUGCAUGCCGGUACUGGUUAUGAUCCCAUAGCCAAUUGGGGUUAUGCUGAGAUGUUCUGUAUUGACCUCAGAGCCCUAGAUGGAGGUGGUUAUCACCCUCAAGCUGCUGGGCAUACACUCGUUCUGUCGGAGCUGCCUGGCUGCGAGGAGCCCGUUGUCGAGCCAGAACCGGACAAUGUCAAGCUCAAGGGUUUCGGCAAGCAUAUCGCUUUAUGGCGCACCCUGCAGGUGAAUGAUGUAAACGAUGGUUUCUGUCACCGGUGGGCGUUGCAGAUUUGGGACUGGCAACACUCAACAACAUCCAGUUGCGUCCUCACUGACGACAUAAACCCAGACUAUGACGACGCAGCUGAUUUUUGUUUCCUCGGAAACGAUAGAUUGCUGGUUUUCAGCCACAAAUUAAAACUCUAUUCAAUCGAGGAUACGACACAGGCGCCGCAGCUGCUGGCGUGCUUCUUGCUACCUAUCUCAGCGAUGGAUACAGGGUUUGCAGAGUGCAUCCUUCCUAUGGAAGAUAGCUUGCAACCACCGAUGCAAGCCCAACAAACAAUGUGGACCUCAGACCCUCAACACCAACUAUUUAUAUUAUCCAUUGAAACAUUCUUUUCGACUCUCGUCUUCAUCAUCUCCACCACGACGUUCUUCGAUCUUGACUUCUCUUCAGAGAUGGCAGCAGAAAUACCGUGGAAUGACUGGGGACCUUCAAAUUCUCGUGUGUUGCAGAAUCAGACGGAAUGUCGUAUUGGCGUUAGUGGAAAUCGAGUGUUGCAGGCAUGCCCCGUAGAUGACACGACGGAUGAACAUGAUCCAUCGCAUAUCACGGAGUUUAGAUUAUGUGCGAUGGACUUCAGCCCGUUAGCUAUUGAGCGUCUGCAGGGUGUGGGACGAGUAGUGAAAGAGCCAUCUACGAUAAUCAUAGAAACCCCUGACUUACUGCCACAGGUGACCUUGACGACGAACCUGCCUUACGUCGAGGUUGUGUUGGACAAAACAUUCAGUUAUCCGUUGGGCGGGAUCUGGAUUGACAAGGACGCAGUUUACCUUUGUCAUGGAUAUCAAUCUGAUAUCGAGGUUAUUGAGAUAACGCCAAGGGCGGGAGACUAGUACGGAUUACAAAUUGGCAGUGGACUGCUUACUAAUUAAUGAACAUUACGCACUCAUCUGUAUGUCCAAGUCUGAGUGGGAUCUCUGAGAAUCCGAUCAGCGAGUCGUUCUAACAUUGAGUCUAGAAUUGAAUUCAAUACCACCUCCCU